AUGCGCUUAGAUUCCGGCAAUUACAGUUGGGGAUCAGAGGCUGUUACGAGAAAAACUAGAAUCAUCGCGGUCGUCUACAAUGCUUCGAACAAUGAACUGGUUAGGACGAACACGCUUGUGAAGGGAGCCGUUGUACAGAUUGAUGCGACACCUUUCAAGCAAUGGUAUGAGGCUCAUUAUGCUCAACCGCUUCGAAGGAGCAAGGCAAAAAAGGAGGGACAGACCGAGUCGGAGGAAUUAACGAAAAGUCGAUCGAAUAAAGUUCAACGUAAAAUCAAAGAGCGUAAAGAAUUAUCCAAGAUCGAUCCACUUCUUGAAGACCAAUUCAUCACAGGUCGUCUUUUUG